GUGGCCGCGGGUCCGGGCCGGAGCCUUGGAGCGGGAACCCGCAGCUCGGCGCCUGGACCGUGCGCCCGCUCCCUGCCAGCUGGAAAGAUCUCUUUCUCGCCGGUGCCCCCAAGCCUCGGUACCGAAUUCCGGCGGGGUGUGGACCCGGGACCCACGGUUCCCAGCGCGGCCAGGACUCCUUAGCGUGCGGGCGGCGGGGGACGCGGAGCUGCUCAAGAUGAGGAGAAGAGCGGGGCUUGGGCGGAGCCGUCCGUUCCCCCGGGUCUGAGCGCCCACUACCGCCUGGACGUCCGGGACGCACCUGAGGUUCGGCUAUGUGUGUCCGGUGACCCGGCGCGUGGGGAGCCCCGGACCUGGCACUUCGGGAGGGAAUGCUGGCUUGUUUUGAGUGACUUUGGGGAGUGUGAAGAAACCCCAAAAUGGAGGACUUUUCUACCAGGACCUACGGCACCAGUGGGCUGGACAACAGACCUCUGUUCGGAGAGACGUCGGCCAAGGAUCGAAUCAUCAAUUUAGUUGUUGGCAGCUUAACAUCCUUAUUGAUUCUAGUAACGCUGAUCAGUGCUUUUGUUUUCCCUCAACCACCUCCAAAACCAUUGAAUGUAUUUUUUGCUGUCUGCAUCUCUUUGAGUAGUAUUACUGCCUGCAUACUUAUCUACUGGUAUCGACAAGGAGACUUAGAACCGAAAUUUAGAAAUCUAAUUUACUAUAUCUUAUUUUCUAUCAUCAUGUUAUGUAUAUGUGCAAACCUGUACUUCCACGAUGUGGGAAAGUGAGGCUACUAAGGAAACAACACUUACGAGGUCUCUCCCAAGCUAUGUAUUAGGACUGUGAGUAAGAGCUGGAUGAAGUGUGCUGAAGAACUGACUGUAGAAGUCCCAUACGUGACUUUCAUGCUGAUUGUAAAUCUAAAUGCCCUCUUUCAGGGGAGACAUAUCAUAGAUCACUUGGUCUUUUUUUUUUUUUUAAGAAGUUGAUAUGGCACUUACACAUUCCAACCCUUAAAGCUCAAACAGCACAAGUACUUUUUACUUUUGAAAUUAAAAUUUUUUAUAAUGUAACUGCAUGGCGAAAGGCUAUGUAACAAACAAUCUUGCAUUUUAAGACAAAUAUUCUUUUAUUUCUGUUAAACUGAAUGUACAAUAUUGUUCCCUAGGCAACCAACUCUUGCUUUUAACUACAAUUUCAUUUUAUGUUAACAAAACACAGAUGGUGAAAAGACAACUUUGAUUGUGAAGAUCUAAUUACAAUAAUAAAUAAAAUAAUUUAUACAA